CACAGAAAUGACUCCAGUCCCUCUGCACCUCAAGACACAGUGGACUCAUCUGAGGAAUCGUGAACCUUUUAUUCUUUCAUGUGGAAUUUUACUCAAAAAGUGUGACAGGUUUGUCUUCUACAGGGGCUGGAGUCGUGUGAGAGAAACUGUGUUUGACGCAUAGUUUUUCAGUUUUAAAAUGAAUACCUAAGUAAGUGGCUUUCAUUAAUGUUUCAGGACACCGUGUAACACCUCUUGCUCGUGCAGCUGGAGCCCCAUCUCUGUGCACAAUGAGUGUGUGUGCCUGCAAUGCUUCAUACCUUCGGAGGUGGCUGCUCAAAGUUGUGUUGUUCUUGGCCGCGGUGCUGCAGACCAGCGCUGGCUGCCCCAAAUCAUGUGCCUGUAGUGUGCCGACAGAAGUGCACUGCACCUUCAGAUACCUGACAGCAAUACCUGACCACAUCCAGCCAGCUGUGGAAAAAAUUAACCUUGGGUACAACAGUAUAACUGUCCUGAGAGAAAAUGAUCUUCCAGGACUUGAGAACGUGCUGUUGUUGAUGCUACAUAGCAACACUAUCGAGAGUAUUGAAGACAGAACCUUUCAAGACCUCAAGUCUUUGCAGGUCCUUAAGAUGUCCUAUAAUAAAGUGAAACAGAUCAACAAAGAGACGUUCAAAGGCCUGGACAGUCUGCUGAGACUCCAAAUGGACCACAACCACAUUGAGUUCAUCAGCCCAGAGGCUUUCUAUGGCCUUACCAGCCUACAGUUUCUUCAUCUGGAGAGUAACCAUCUCCAGCAGCUCCACCCAGACACAUUCAUCACACUGAGACACAGCCAAGUGUUUAAGGUGUCUUCAGUGAAAAACAUCCACCUGUCAGAAAACCUCCUCACCACACUGCCUGCAGACAUUUUUGCAGGCUGUAGUCAGUUAGAGAAUGUUUUCCUCCAUGGAAACCCCUGGACAUGUGACUGCCGUAUGAAUUGGUUCCCCAUGUGGGCAAAGAAGAACACAGGUGUACUGAAAUGUAAGCGAGACCGGAGAUAUCCGAACGGACAGCUGUGUCCUGUUUGUGAAAAUCCUGCUCCUUACUACAGAAGACCUCUAUCCCUUCUAUCAGACGAUGCCUUCACUUGUACAAAACCCUGGAUCCACUCACAUCUAAAGCAGAACAAUAUCAGCCUGGAAGAAGGGGAUUUUACUCCAGUUUCCCCCAAGGACUUUGUUGCCCCUUUGGGCUCCAUACAAAUGAACCUAACUGACUCGUUUCACAGCGAUGCCAGUUUAUCCUGCACUGUCCAGAGACCAAAUGCUUUUGAGAAUCUCACACAAACCCUAGAGCAGGAGGAGGGAAACAAUGUCACUGUGCUUACGGCUGGCAUAACUACUUACCUGGUGUGUAACAUUGACUAUGAACACAUCCAGCAGCUGUGGCAGAUCCUGGCCGCCUACAGUGACUCUCCCCUGAGGCUACAGAGAGGCUUAAUGCUGACCAGAAGCCCGGAAAUGGUGUACAGGUACAGCCAGUUAAAAACAGAAGAGGAAGAGGAGAGACUUUACACAAACAUUGAGGCUGAGAUCAAAGCCUCUCCUUCAUGGUUGAUGCAGGGAGAGGUGAGCUUCCAGCUUGAUCGCACUACUACCACUUUCUCGACACUGCACAUCAAAUACCAGUCCGUGGUCAACCUGCGUGUGGAAAGUACAUCGAGAAAGAGGGACCACUAUUCCUGGACCAUGAUCAAGAGAGAUAAUCAAACCAAGACUGAGCACACAGUUCUUACAGGUGGUGUGGCGGAGUUGAGCUGUCAAAUCCAGGGUGUGCCGAAGCCUUUGUUGGAGUGGAUUUUACCUGAUGGAAGUAAGGUCAGAGCUCCUUACACUGGUGAGGACAGGAGGAUCACAAUCACUGCUGAAGGGAAGCUCAUUAUAAGGCGUGCAGAUUCCUCUGAUACAGGCCUCUACCGUUGCAUUGUCACAAACUACCUGGAUGCAGACAUCCUUGUGUUUCGGUUGACAGUUCUGUCACCUGAUGUGGAAGAAACUGAUGUUAAUGGGGUCCAUAUCUCAAGACCAUUGGGUGGAAAUCUGGCAUUUGACUGCAGCUCCUCAGGAAGUCCCAAAGUUUCGGUACAGUGGAUCCUCCCUGAUCACUCAGUAGUAGAUGUGUCUCAUGGGAACAGAAAGGUGUAUAAGAAUGGGACUCUGCUGAUUCAGGGUCUAACAGAGCGGGACCGAGGGUUUUAUAGAUGUUUGGUUGCUAAUCACCUUGGCGCUGACUUGCUAGUGUCUCAGGUAACAGUAACUGGACAAACAGCAGAAAAUGUAAUAGUUUUAGACAAUGAGGGAUCAGGGAUGGAAAUGGACUUCAAAGUGGACGAUAGCUUGAUAGAAAAAAGAGUUGGCCUCAAUGAGAUCCCCUCUUCAAUUCCUUCUGACAGAAAUAGCCAGGAAUCCAUGACCAUUACCUACGAUCGACCUUACCCACGACAUAGGUCACAGGGCAGAGGAGGCUCUGGAAGUAGACUGGGACAGAGAAGAAGGAUGCCAGUCAGCAACAGGCGCAUCUGGAGCAGAAAGGUUUUUGAUAAAGCUUCCAGGAAAGUUAACCCAGAUAAAUUUGCUGAAUUAAUGAAGAAGGCUCAAGAUGGUUUAAAAAAAAAGACUGAAAUAGAGAAAGAGAGGGUAAUACUUGAAGAGUCACACCCUGGUUAUUUUGGUGAUGGUGAAACUGGUUCAGGUCUAGGUUUAGACGAAAAGUUUGUAAUUGUUUCCCCAGGGAUAGGUAAACCAAAUGUGUUAUUUAGACAAGAUAACCAGACUGAAACAUCAACCCCGGCUGAGAUAGGUCAUAAUCAUAUGUUAGCAACAACAGAAGCUCAUAAAAUGGUUAUGAAAACCACAGACAGCCAUUACAUAGAUUACAGUGAAAUAACAGAAAAAACAAACACACUAACAGCAGAAUCAUACAUGCAGUCGGACUCUACACCAAUCAAGUCUACAUUCACAGAAUAUCCAAGUUUUGUCAAGAAAACAGACUUUUAUACACUCUUGAGUAAUUCACCGUCAAGCGUGCAUCCUGUCAAUCUCCAACUAACUGUGGAAGACACUUCACAAGAAACUCAGCUCCAGUUCUCUGGAGAACAACUCACAGAGCCAGAGACCUCCACAGGCCCAGCGCUCUCAUUUACUACUGACUCUAACAUUGCCCCGAUGAAGGACGGCCCAGGCAAAGUGGGGCUCAUCGUUCACACAGACCCAGAAGGCCAGACCACAUUCACAGCUAUCACCACCACAGACAGAAAACAAGACGAGAUCACCUUCCACACCACCCAAACAAUCAAAUCCCCACACUUGCCUGCAGGAUCCACCAUCAUCUCCCAGCAGCAGAUCCAUAUCAUACCACAUAAGAAUGGCAGAGAUGGGGAACGAAGGAGGACCUUCCAAGGCCGUAGGAGGUUUAUAAAACCUAACAGGAUCACUGACAUACAGUCAUUCAUCAAUAAGCUUAAACAGUCUUCAGUGAUGAAAGACGGGAAUGCCUCAGUGCCAUAUCGGAUUGAACUCACCACAGCCUGUGACUGUGAGGAAGACAAAAAGAAGACAGUGGCCACAAGGGUGCUCAUUGAAGCUCCUUUACAUCAAACGAAGAGUCCUACCACUACAAAAAAACCAACAGCUUCCCCCAGAAAAAACUUUAUUACUUUUAAUACCCCUAUUACUCGUACAGAGUCUAAAUCAGAGGAUUAUGUCGCCAGUGGCGACAUGACCAGACUCAAUAGGCCAUUUAUCACUCAAAAAGCCUCAACUACAGCACAGAGUACAACAACGGCCCUAACCACAACCUCUGCUACCAUGCCCACCCCUGCUACAAACUCAAUGGCUGAACCCGAGACUUUAUCCCCAACCAGACGUACAGAGAGCAUAGAGGGCUCAAUAGAUGAUGACAAUGAAGAUUCAUCGUCUGCAGAUUUUGAGGUGACCACACUAAGACCCAACUUUCAACAUAUAGCCACUACAAGUUCUCCCUAUUACGCCAGGUAUUCCACCACUGCAGGAAGACCACCAGAAUUACAGACUCUACCAUCGCCACCCACUAUCAAACCACCUUCAGUAAAACAUCUCGACGAAUCUUCCUUAUCUGGGUCUGGUGGACUAUCAGAUAAUUUGGUUGUAAUAAGACAAAGGCCUGGUGGGACAAGAGGAAGGCAAGGGCAAAGAAGAAGACCAUUCAGGGGCAGGAGACCCUUCAAGAGACCCGUAAUCAGUAAACUACAACCUGUUACGACAACUGAGGUUUCAACUACAGAGACAACACCACAACAGACCAUUUCACUUUACAAGCCCCUAUAUACGCAAUCUCGGGUAGUGGACAAAACCACAGCAACUGUUUCCACGGACCAAACAUCAAAGACAGAGACCAAAUUGUAUGAUGAAUUUGCAUGGAGUGCAUCUAGCAUUUUACCUGCAUAUACUACAAACAAGACACCUUCAUUCACCACAACAUAUAACCCUACUACCACAUCAAUACCACCUACCACAAAGGAGUCUGACACAACAGUUGAGACCAGAGUUCAAAGCAACAUCAGACCACCAACACAGAGGAAUAAUGAUCUCAACACUCGCAAAUCGCAAGUGAGAAGACCUACUGUGCAAAGCAAUGCUGCCAGAGCCAGUACAGAGAAAGACCUUAGCUCUGACACAGUGACUGUCGGUACAGUCGAGCAUGGACAUAUCAACACUCCUGCAACUUACAACAACAUAGGCACACACAAUGCCAUCCCUAAUCAUGUUGCUAACAAUGAAGCUACAAGUGCUUAUAUUGCUGUUUUUGAAUCCACAACAAAAGUCAUGACAAGUAAACCAAAGAUAGUUGGUGGUAAUGCAGCCAGUUUUACCAUUUUGUCCAACUCUGAUGCUUUCCUGCCAUGUGAGGCUGUUGGAAACCCACGACCAGAUAUAACCUGGAAACGCUUCUCCACAAGAACAGGAAGCAGUUUUACAAUUAAGGGGACAAUGGACAAGUUUGAGGUGUUGAGCAAUGGGACAUUGUUCAUACACAAUGCCAGCAUUGCAGAUCGUGGCCAGUACCUCUGUCUAGCUGAGAAUGAUCAUGGAUCAGAUAAACUUCUUGUCACUCUGUCUGUGGUGGCCUAUCCAUCACGUAUACUAGAGCCAAAGAUGCGUGAGAUGAAAUUUCGUGCAGGAAGUACAGUGGAGAUGAAAUGUAAAGCAGAGGGUCGACCCACGCCCAUGAUAUCCUGGAUCUUGGCAAACCGGACCCAAGUUAGGGAUCAAAACGCACAAACCGAACGGGUAGCAGUAUCCGCUGAGGGGACUCUGGUCAUAAAACAUGUGACUAUUUACGACAGAGGUAAUUACAAAUGCAUCGCCAGUAAUCCAGCUGGAGCUGAUACUGCUACAGUCCGACUGCAGGUGGUUGCAGCUCCACCAGGCAUCGUGGAGGAGAAACGACAGCAGCUCAAAGUCAGUGCAAGUGAGAACUUGUGGCUACCGUGCUCUGGCGAAGGCAGCCCUCAACCUGUUAUUCACUGGGUCCUCCACGACGGGACGAUGGUACGGUCUAACAAUCCUGCCAGAGAAACGAGGGUAUCAGUGUACGAGAAUGGGACACUCCAUAUUAAGAGCGUGACCCCAGCAGACAGUGGGAUCUAUGAAUGUAUUGCUACCAGCUCUACUGGCUCAGAGCGAAGGGUGGUGACUCUAGCUGUCGAGAGGCGAGAGUCUGCCCCUCAGAUAGUGGAGACUUCCCAGUACAUGACAGAGAUGUCCUUUGGGGAUCAGCUGAGACUUAAUUGUUCAGCAAAAGGAGACCCCAAACCGAGGAUCAUGUGGAGGCUACCUUCUAAAGCUGUGGUGGACCAGUGGCACAGAAUGGGCAGGAGAAUCCAGGUUUUGGAUAAUGGCACUCUUAUUAUUAAUAUUAUGAGUAAUAAAGAUGCCGGUGACUAUCUCUGUGUGGCACGAAACAAGAUUGGUGAUGAUCUCCAACUCAUGAGGGUCAGUGUGUCAAUGAAGCCAGCCAAAAUCGAGCCAAAAAACCACAACAAGAAACAGGUUGCCUAUGGUAAUGACUUAAAGGUUGACUGUAAAGCCUCUGGAGAACCAAAACCAGAGAUCUCCUGGGGUUUACCAGAUGGAACACUGGUCAACAGUGCUCUGCAGGCUGACGCAAGCAGUGGAGGUGGACGAGCACGACGCUACACUCUAUUUGACAAUGGAACUCUUUACCUAAACCAGGUUGGUAUGUCAGAGGAAGGUGACUAUACUUGUUAUGCUGAGAACCAAAUGGGCAAGGAUGAGAUGCAUGUGCAUAUCACUGUGGUGGCCACUGCACCCAGGAUACGACCACCCAGCCAGACUUUUGCCAGGGUGACGCCUAGCAGCAAUGUCCGCUUUGACUGUGAAGCACUUGGGGAACCCAAACCCAAAGUUCUGUGGGUGCUACCCACAAAUGAUGUAAUUGCUGCAUCAAAUGAACGUUAUCUAAUGCAUGUCAAUGGAUCUCUGAAUAUCAGGGAUGUGAAAGCUAUCAAUGCUGGGGACUAUGUUUGUAUGGCUCGCAACCCUGCUGGAGAAGAUAGAAAAGUCUACACGCUUGACAUAGAUGGGAAUCCACCAGUGAUCAAUGGCUACCAUCAAAACAGAACUGUAAUCAAGGAUGCGGCACCUAAAUUUUCCAGGAAACUAAUAGAUUGUAAUGCUAGAGGUAACCCCACACCUAGUAUCACUUGGCUAAUGCCUGAUAACAUUUUCUUGACAGCACCAUACUUUGGCAGCAGGAUCAACGUCCACCAUAAUGGGACAUUAGAGAUUCGCAAUGUGCGGCCAACUGAUAUUGGAGAGUUCAUAUGCAUAGCGAGAAAUGAUGGAGGAGAAGCUGUAAUGGUAGUGCAGCUGAAGGUGACCAGUAUGCUUCAAAGGCCACUCUUCAACAACCCCUACAAUGAACGGAUUGUGUCUCGGAGUGGGAAAACUGUAGUCCUGAACUGCUCUGCUGUUGGAAAUCCAAUGCCGGAGAUCUUCUGGACUUUGCCUAAUGGCACACGGUUCACUGGUGAACCUGACGGAGGCUCACGCCACCAUUUGGGCAAUGAUGGGACUUUGAUCAUCUAUAACCCUCUCAAAGAGGAUGCUGGGAAGUACCGCUGUGGUGCCAAGAACUUCAUAGGUUACAUAGAGAAGCUAAUCAUUUUAGACAUUGGACAGAAGCCUUACAUCCUGACCAGGCCGAGAGGCAUUGUGCGCAGUAUGUCUGGAGAACAUCUUUUCCUUCACUGUCUAUCUGAUGGAAGUCCAAAACCCAGGACCUACUGGAUAAUUCCCAGUGGACACACUCUUACCCUUUCUCAAGUCCAUGGUCGCUAUCAGGUGUUAGAGAAUGGUACUUUAAUUGUUCAUGAUACUACUCUCCAUGAUCGAGGAAAAUACAUUUGCAGAGCUCAGAAUGAUGGUGGAGAGGCAGUGCUUACUGUCCCUGUUGUUAUUAUUGGUUACCCUCCACGGAUUACAAAAGCGCCACCUCCCGGUGUGAGGGUAAUAACUGGGACACCUAUCCAGCUCAACUGUUUUGCCACUGGAAUCCCUAAACCAGAGAUAAUCUGGGAGCUGCCCGAUCGUUCAGUUCUGUCAACAGCAGAAAAGGGCCGGCCUCUGGGUAGUGAGCUGCUCCAUCCUCAGGGCACACUCAUCAUCCAGAAGCCCACAGUCUCAGACUCCGGUACAUACAAGUGCCUGGCAAAGAACCACUUAGGCACAGACUCAAAGGCCACAUACUUACGUGUUCUGUGAGGGGAGGUGAAGAGAACUGAGAGAGGACAGUGGUUAUUCUGAAUGUAAACAUUAACAGACACACAGACAAUUGCAGUGGCAAUGUGCGCUACGUGGUUUCUCACAGCUUGUGGAAUAUUUUUUUCUUUUUAAAUGACAGACGUGAAUUUUUUUUAAAGAAAAUAAACAGUAACAGAAGAAAGAGGAAACAGACAUUUUUAAUGGAAACCCCUGUCUGGGAGUACAAAGUUGUUAUUGUAUCUUUGGAACUGCGGGCCUGCAAAUUCAUUGGUGGUUCUCAUCUGGGGAGGUUCUCAUGGGAAAAGAAAGUGCCAGUGCAUGGAGUCAAAUUGAAAGUGAUUUCUUUGGCUAGCUGCACAUACAGAUACUAUAACAGCAUAAACAGGGGGGUGGGGGGAUUUGUAGCAGCCAUGCAACAAAUAAAAAAGUGGAUUUUAAUACCCUUUAGAUAGAAGUUGCUGAUGUCAUGUCAUUUUGCUAUAUGCUUCAACUGCAAAUAAAGUGACAAGGGGAAAAUAGUAAAGUAUUUCAACGUGACUGUGUUGACAUUUUUUAGUGGGAGAUAUAGCUUGUUUUACACUGGAUAUAGCUCUGCAUUGAAAGUACAGUGCUUUCAUACCAGAGCCGAAGACAUUCAGUUUCAUCAUUAUAUUUUUGUAUUUCCUAUCUCUAUUCAAAGCAUCGAAGACUAGAUUAACAUGUUAGCAAUCUAUUGUGUUGUACACAAGAAUGUAAAAUAAUGUUAUACAUUAUGAUAAAAAAUAGCUUAUAUAUGUGUCUUUACGAUAUGUACUUUAUUAAAGGGAGAAGGAAUGGAAAUAAAAGUAAAAAGUAAACAAGCUUUUUAAGUGAUUGUUUGUAAAUGUAUUAUUUGAUCUGAUACCAAAAUUGUGUGUUUAAAUUCUUAAAUCAUCA